ACCGACGGCGGCGCCACGUACGGCCAGGUGGCCAAGCUGACGGCCUCUGACGCCGCGGUACACGACCAGUUCGGCAGAUCCGUGGCGAUCGACGGCGCCACCGUCGUAGUUGGAGCCUGUUUGGACGACGACGGCGGCUUCAACUCAGGCUCUGUCUACGUCUUCCGCACGACCGAUGGCGGCGCCACGUACGACCAGGUGGCCAAGCUAACGGCCGCCGACGCCACGGCGACCGACUUCUUCGGCAUCUCCGUGGCCAUCGCCGGGGACACCGUCGUGGUCGGUGCCUCCAAAGACUACGGCGGCAGCCUUAACGAGGGCUCGGCCUACGUCUUCCGAACGACCGACGGCGGCGCCACGUAUGCCCAGGUAGCGAAGCUGACAGCCAGCGACGCCGCGGCGGACGACGAGUUCGGCAGCUCCGUGGCCAUCGACGGCGGCACCAUCGUGGUCGGUUCCCCUUAUGACGACGACAGCGCCAGCACCUCGGGCUCAGUCUACGUCUUCCGCACGACCGACGGCGGCGUCACGUACCCACAGGUCGCCAAGCUGACGGCCUCCGACGCCUCUUAUGACGCCGAGUUCGGCUGGUCCGUGGCGAUCGACAGCGGCACCAUCGUGGUCGGGGCCUACAUGAAGCACACCGCCACACUCAGUUACGUGGGCGCAGCCUACGUCUUCCGCACGAGCGAUGGCGGCGCCACGUACGACCAGGUGGCAAAGCUGACGGCCAGCGACGCUGCAGGAGAUGACCAGUUCGGCCGCUCCGUGGCGAUCGCUGGCGGCACCAUCGUGGUUGGUGCAACCCAAAAUUUUUUUAGUGGCUCGGGCGCAGUCUACGUCUUCAGCACGAGCGAUGGCGGCGCCACGUACGUUCAGAUGGCCAAGCUGACGCCCUCCGACGCCGCGGUGGGCGCGCCGGGCGACUACCUCGGCUACUCCCUGGCCAUCGACGGCAGCACCGUCGUGGUCGGAGCCACCCACGACGACGACGGCGGCUCCGACUCGGGCUCGGCCUACGUCUUCGCGCUCCCCGCGCCGACCGACUACGCGGAGACGGCAAAGUUGACGGCCGCCGACGCCGCUGCGGGCGACAACUUCGGCAGAUCCGUGGCCAUCGACGGUGGCACCGUCGUGGUCGGAACCGAGGGCACUGGCGCGGCCUACGUGCUCCGCACGACCGACGGCGGCGCCACGUACAGCCAGGUGGCCAAGCUGACGGCCGACGACGCCGCGUCGGGCGACUACUUCGGCUUCUCCGUGGCGAUCGACGGCAACACCAUCGUGGUCGGUGCAAUGCAUUAUUACCCUGGCGGAGCAGUCUACGUCUUCCGCACGACCGAUGGCGGCGCCUCGUACGUCAAGGUGGCCAGUUCGUGGUGGACGCCGAUAUUGUUUGCGUCCCGUGCGGCGAAGGAACGUACAGUCCCCUGGGAAUUUACUGCCUCACCUGCCUGGCCGGCUCCUACACGGCGGACCAAAUUAAUUGCAACCCCUGCGACGCCGGCACGUUCAGCGCGACGGACGGCGCAACGAGUUGUACGGCGUGUCCGCCCGGAUGGCAUCAAUCCGCGUCCGGUCAGCUGGAGUGCGAGCGUUGCGAGCCCGGCCGGGUCGCUUCGGUCUCUGGGCAAGCUUCGUGCGACCGGUGCGACGCGGGCACGUACAGCGCGGCCGCAGGCGCGUCGACCUGCGUCGACUGCGCGCCCGGGCGGAUUCAGUCCGAGUCGGGUCGGAGCGAAUGCGAACAGUGCGCGGCGGGGAGAUUUGCCUCGAGUGCCACCGCAUGCAGCAGCUGCCGGCAAUUCGGCGCGGGGCGCACGAGCCCCCCCGGCGCGGCGGUUUGCGACAUCUGCGAGGCCGACUACUAUUACGACGGCCAGAGUUGCCUCGACUGUCCCUGGUCGGCGACGUGCGCGCGCAACUCGACGCUCGGGAGCCAGUGGAUCGUGGACGAGGGCUUCUAUCGCUUCUCGAUGGACACGCCGGAAAUCUACCGCUGCAAGCGCAACGACGGCUGCGUCGGCGGCGCCGGCAGCGGCGACGACCUGUGCGCGAACCACCACCACGGGCCGCUCUGUCAUUUGUGCGACCGGGGCUACUACAUGGAGCCCGUGCUGCGGACCUGCCAAAGGUGCGACCAGCGGCCGAGCACGUUCCUCAUGGUCGCCUUCUUCUUCUUCGUCCUCAUCGUAUUGUUCGUGUUUGCGGUAUUGAUCUGGUCAUGUGUGUGGGGCUCUGGUUACACUAAGGAGUUGCUGCAGGCACUGAAGAGUAGUCGUCUGCGUCGAUGGGUGCAGACUCAUUUCGGGGACUUCUUCAGGAGUGACUGCGCCAGGGCUAUUUGGUACUCCUGGACGGUACUGGUCAGGUUUUCGAGCGUCGAGGACGUGAAGUAUCCCGGCCCCUUUGCGUGGGUGAUGCGCAUCUACGGUCUCGUGACGCUGGACUUGGUGGCCUGGCUGCCGACGCCCUGCAUCAGGUGGUCGUACUACGACACUCUACUCGCGGCGACCUUGCUCCCUGUUGCGUACGUCGUGGUGGCCUGGCUCUACAACCUUGGGAGAAGACACCUUAGGAAGGGGCGCCACGCGGAGAUGCAGGAGCGGCCCGGCGAGGCGCCUGCGCCGGCGCCGGCGGUGCCGGAAGCGUCGGCACCGCCGUCGGAGACGCCGCAUCCCGAAGCCGCAUCCGAAGCAAAAGACAAACCCGUCGUUAACGACUUCUUCCGCCUCCUGGACUGGUGCUUUAGCGGCCACGGGGUCGUCACGGUCUUGGUCAUGGUCCACGCGCCCAUUUGUUCGGUCCUCUUCGAGUUUUUUCACUUCGACGGCAGGGCCCACGACGGUUUUUCGACGUCUGCGCACGAAACGGAGUUGUACCUCGCCCGCGACUACAGGAUCAGGGAGUCCGACGAGAAGUACCAGAAGUAUCGCGCGUACGCCAUCUUGUGCUGCUUGAUUUACGUGGUAGUGAUUCCGCUAUUCUUCCUCGUCGCGCUGCUUGCUAAGAAAAGCUUCGACGGCCACUUCGACACGCCACGCUGCAUCAGCUUCCUCCUUAGGCAGGUCGACGGACUCGUAAAGCGGCUCCGUAGGAAGGCCGACGCAUCCGACGCCGACUGUCGGGUACGUGGAGACAGUCAAGCUGGAGGCGAGCAGCGCGGCGGCGGGCCAGCAGCAGCCGAAGCAGAAGACGCCGCAGACGACGCCCCCGUCUGCACCAACACCACGGCCCUCUCCGGUGACGACGACUCAACCGACGACUCAGGCAACUCCAAACCCGACAAUGUUACCCCUGCAAGGUGUCCAAAACCGCUGCUCGCGCUUUGGGAGACCCUCGUGGGAGAUAUUUGGGAGACCCUCGUAGGCCCGUACAAGGAGGUUGCGUGGUUCACGGAGCCGCUCUCGAUGGUCGUGAGGACGUCGCUGAGUGGAUUUCUGCUGAUCUGCCUGCCUCAGGCUAAAAGAAUGCGCAUCGUGUUGUCCUUCGGGAUAGCUCUUAUCUAUGCUCUGCUCGUCUCCGACUGCAAGCCGUUCAAAUCAUCGGCGGUAAACAUGGUAGCCUCAACCUUCUGGUUCUUCGUGACGUCGACGUUCUUCUACGCGCUCUGCGUGACGCAGGGCGUGCUAAAACUCCCACAGCUUCGAGCGAUCAGCACCGUCCUCGUAAUCGGCCAACUUAUCGUAUUCCUACUUGCCAUGUGGCGCCACUCCGACGAGGCUCCGAUCCGCGUCCUCUGCUGGAAGAUCAAGCGCGGAAACAAAGAGGACCGGAUCGACAAGACCGAGUUCGAGACGCUCUACGCCGCCGGCGGAAAGGAGUUGCUCGAGGCCGCCGUCUUCGACGCGAUAGACGGCUACUUCAAGCAGGAGUUUAAAGCGUCGGACGGCUCCGAUGAUCCGUGGGAGCGGUUCCGCUCGCAGUUCUGCGCGCUCGAGACAUUCUGGAACGAACCGGUAUCGGAACCGCACAAGCGGCGAGAAGCGGAAAUUUGGCUGGCGCGCGACCAUGUCGCCCAGAUCGAAGCGGGCCUGAAGAAACAGGCGGAAAAUGCUAAAGGAACGGACCUAGAAAAGAAGGAGCAGGAGAAGCUUGAUAGAUUCAUCAGCAAAAAGGAACAAGACAUAGAAAACGACUGGAGCCAACCAACGAAAACCGCACACCAAAAGAAAAUAGACAUUUUGCAGGAAAUCGCGACAUCCGAGGGCGGAACGAAGCGAGAAAUUAGAGCGACGCGCUGGGCCUGGCUGCGGUCGCAAGCGAAGGCGGAAGCCGACAAACUAGAGAAGACAAUCCGCGAAACCCCCACCGUAAAGGAGAUCGACCAAAAAAUAAAGGAUAUCGGAUACCCGAAUGACCUUGUUUUGGACGAGGGUGCACGCGUCUCCGUGAAAGCACGUGAUAAAAGGGAGGGCUGCGAGGGGAGGAUCGUCUCUGUAAAUGCCGACGGCACGUUCGACGUCAAGCCCGCGGUCGGGGACGUGUGGCGGAACGUGAGCAAGGAGGAACUGGACGGGCAGCAGCCGUCCCAGAAGCUACUAUUCCGAAGCAAUCCCCGCGAGGUCACGGAUGCGACCCUUGGGGCUGGCGGUGAUAACCAGCUGGUAGUAAAACGCGAGGACGACAAGAUAACCGAAGCGGCGCUGCGAGGCGAAGGCGGCCAGAUCACCGAGGCGGCGUUGCUCGUGGUGAAACGAGCACUCACGGAGGACGGCGAGAUCCCGGAGGCGGACGGCAAGAACAAGGAAUUGCACAAGCUGCUCGCCAGAGGCAAGCUCAUGAUGGACAAAGAGGUCCUGCCGCCGAUGCUCCGGGUCUUUGCGUACAUGUGCCUCCCUGCGCUCAAAAAGGCGCUCUACGCGGUUGCUGAAGAGGUAGGUGAUGUGAAGGUGGUGUGCGACGAGGGCAAAUCCGUCAAGAAGAGCAAGCGCAUGGUCGAGAAGAUGGUGAACGAGAUCGCUGCGGACGAAGAAGCCGAAGGUGAGGGCGCCAACGACGACGUUCGCCGGUGGCAGCCCAUCAGCGCGUCGGUGCGCGACGCGCUUCGCGCCACGCUCGUGUGCCCCAACCAGGAUGCGAUGUACAUGGUCUACGAAGAGCUCAAAAACCCCAAUGGGAAAUUCACGCUUAGGAAGGUCAAGAACAAGCUCGAGAAAGGAAAGGUACCGUUCAACCUCCACGCUGUCUACGAGUUCCAACCUUCACCAGCAUCCGUCAGCAUUCUCGUGGAGGUCCAGAUCAAGAUAAAAGAGAUCGAGGAUAAGUGCGGCGCGCAGCACAAGUUCUACGAGAUCUCCCGUGUGACGGGCAGCGUGGAACUCUUCAAGCCUGAGGUCGACACGCACGACGAACAGACUCCGGAGGAGCUGACGAAGAGACUCCGGGCGCACGACAAAGGAAGAUUCAUGCUUCAGAGGUCAUAUGUCGUAACUUCACGACACUUGGUGGAACGAGAAUCCAAAGCGCGGAAAUCGGGCGGUUGGCGUCUCAUGAGAUUUAUCUCCAAACGGCGGGGAAGGAGAGAAACAGUUCACCCCGAUCAGCCGCCAAAAGCGCCUCCUGUCCGGCGCGCAGUGCAGGACGAGGAAGAGGACGAUUCUGAUUCAUAUCCCAUUUCAUAUCCCUAGAUAGGCCGGACACGAGCCCUAGCGGGCCUUUUCACUAGACAGACUUUGUUUAAAUUCUUUGUUGGGUAUUCGUUUUUGGUGAGUCGACCAUGCCGUCGUCUGCCACGAGCGGUUCAAGAUUGAUGCCCAGAUCCGCCGCGGCGGGAGAUGGCGGCGUCAGGCCAGUUCCCGGGCUUCAGCGGCCGUCGUCGCCUCGGCUCCGGCGGCGUCCGAGAUCCCCGACGAGGCGCAGCCGUGGAACUUCGACAGCUGGUUCGACGACGCCACGGCGCGCCGCGCGAGCCAGGAUUUAUUUGAGCAGUUGAAAACGAUCGACGAGACGGCGAAGCCCGAGGCGUUCCAGCUCAAGAAAUACGGCGACUGCAUCGGCUGGGACUACGCCAAGCUCGUGAAGCGCCUCGGCGGCUACCACCUCUUCAUGAAGGCGAAGCGCCCCACGUUGACGAUUACGGGACCGGAGGCGACGAGUUUAAUCGCCCAGAUGUGGAACAAGCUGCCCCCCCACGCCCAGAAGCCCUGGAACGACAAGGCGUGCCAAGACGAGACGGACUCGGCGGCGCCGCCGGCCAAGAGCCAGAAGGCCGACGCCGACGCCUCGCCCUCGCCGCCGUCGCCAGCGACGCCGAAGUGGUCGCAGGCCGAGGUCGACGCGAUGACCGUCCCGAAGCUCAAGGGCCCCAGGGUGGGACGUAAACACUUACCAAACGUUUACUUCUCCCUCCGAGAGGCCUCCAAACACUUACCAUCACGUCCCAAACACUUACAACUAAUCUACCGCUAG